AUGAUGGUCCUCAUUCUGUAUUUACUGCUUCAAGUCUCUCGUCUUGGCGGAGAUUCGUGUACCAUCAUUGUACCGCGGUAUAUUGAGAGGAUUGUCGAGGUCGAGCGGCAAUCCCCGCCACAACCACAAACUACAGAUUCUACGGUCCCGGUUUCCGCUGCACUUUCGGCUUCUGAUCAUCCUAUAGCUUCUACAGCGACUUCUCAGAUUUUUGAGAAUUCUACGCUGGCGAAAUUGAAUCUAACGACCGUUUUGCGGCCGGAAACGAAGACCACAAAAUCUGCGACUGUAGAUCUGAAGACUACAGGAUCCGCGACUCUUCCUAGUACCCAGAAAACCCCGCAAAUUUUGGAUCUGACGACUGGAUCGAGCGCUUUCAGUAAUUUGAACCAGACGACAAACUCUGAGGCUAAAACUACAAAAUCUACCCACCCGCAGAUUUUUGACUUUUCAAACGAUACCCGAGACUCUAAACUACAACCCGACUUGGCGGCAGAUAUUCUGGGAAAUGGCACGGCCUUUGACGAGCCUCUAAAUCUGUUGCCUGUGCAUGGGAAUGAAACGUCGGCUGUCAAUUCGUCUUCUUUUUCUGCCCCUCUAAAUACCUCUAAAAACUCGAAUUCUAACUCUUCUACCCUAUUUUUGGAUAGUGACGAGGGUUCUUCCUCGGAGGAGCUCCAAAAUAGACCGGCGGUGACGUCUGGUUCGCCGGUGAAGAACAUGUCGUCGUCAGCUGCUGGGGAUGGGCCUAAAUACACGGUGGAAGAGCGCGGAUCCCCCUACACCCUCGACUAUCGCCUCUAUUUCAAGGGACCGCAGGGCUACAUCUCCCCGUGGCACGACAUCCCGCUGUUCGCCGACGAGCCAUCGAAGACGUACAACAUGAUUGUCGAGAUCCCGCGCUGGUCGAACGCCAAGAUGGAGAUCGCAACGAAGGAGCCGUUGUCCCCAAUCAAGCAGGACGAGAAGAAGGGUGUCCCCCGCUUCGUGCACAACAUCUUCCCCCACAAGGGAUACAUCUGGAACUAUGGCGCUCUUCCUCAGACGUGGGAAGACCCAAACCACAUUGCGCCCGAGACCGGGGCCAAGGGAGACAACGACCCCAUUGAUAUCAUCGAGAUUGGCAGUGUCGUCCGACACAGGGGAGAGGUCGUUCCGGUGAAAGUGGUUGGAACGCUUGCCCUGCUUGAUGAGGGAGAGACCGACUGGAAACUUGUGGCCAUUGCCGUCGAUGACCCGCUGGCCGACAAGCUGAACAACACGGCCGAUGUCGAGGUCCACUUCCCGGGACUCCUCAAGGCGACGUACGACUGGUUCAAGCAUUACAAGAUCCCCGCCGGCAAGCCCGCCAACGAGUUCGCCUUUGACGGACAGUACAAGGAGGCCGAUUUUGCUCACAAGGUGAUCAACGAGACGCACGACUACUGGAAGAAGCUGAUGAAGGAGCCCUCCCCAGCCCUCAACACCCAAUCACUGCAACCCGAAGCUGUACACCAAGUCACCCAGGAUCUAUGGGCUCAGCAGGUCGCCUCGCAGCCUCCCUUGGGCCAGCCGGCCGACAUCCCAGUGGAGGUGGACAAGUGGCAUUUCAUCCAGUUC